AUGCGUAUGCCACGUAUGAAAAAAGAGGCCCCUGCCUCGUCAUCGCUCACAGCGUCCGAGUCAGCGCAAUUCCGCCGCAUCUUUGAGCUGCUUGAGCAGGAAAUGGGCACUUCGGAGACCUCAUCAACGAUGCCGUUCGAGGCCCACUUGGGCCAGUUUGCCGAGCGCCACUCGCUUGCGCCGGAGAAAAUCACGGCGCGUGGUGGUGGUGUAGGCACGCGAUUCGAGGCGAGUCGUGAAGGGCUGGCAGCUCAGUUGUCGACCGAAGAAUUGGAUCGCGGCGUAGAUCAGAUUUGGGCGGCCUUGCAGUCGCAGACGUCCGCCGCAGAGGCAUGGGCCUGGGCCGAGCAGCAUGUAUGGGGCACGCAAAAGGAUACAGGAAGUGACGAGGCGCGGCCCAUGUAUGGAACGCAGACGGCCUUCUACGCGCCGGCGCUGCAUAUGUUGUUGCUAACGCUACGCGAUCGAUUCCAUGCACCGCACACGGCGCUGGCCGUGUUAUCGCAUACGCAUGCUAUGGGCCCACACUCUUCUGUGCUGGGAUGCACAUCGUCGUUGUAUGCCGAGGUCAUCCGCACAUACUGGCUAUGCCUCCAAGAUGCACCAGGCGUCCUACAGACGGUCCGCGAAGCAAGGUCGUCGGGCAUUUUGGCGCCAAUGUCAUCACGCCGGCCAGUGCAUGGAGAAGACGAUGCGAUACGAGAACAAAUUGAGCGUGUGCGUACGGAGCUUCGUACGCAGGCGACAGACAGUGCGCAAGCACGAACGGCGCUCACACUGGAUGCGCCAGCUACACUAACCAUGUACGACGAUGAACAAGAACAAGUACAAAUUUCAGCCGAGCUACGUCGUAUUGCAGGACACACGUCGCGGUACACAGAAGCACCAGCACCCACAUCAUCGGCAACGCCCAAGCACAAGAAACGACGGAGUCGCAAGUCGUCUGUACCCCGGCCGCCACCGCCGCCUUCAUCGUCGUCAUCGUCCCUGCUAAUCUACCCACAAAAUCCGCAGGCAUUGCUGCGCACCAAGGUACGGCGGCACGCCAUCGAGCCAGAACACGCUUGA